CAUACCGUUCUUUAGAAAUCGUCUGCUUUUCAACCGGCAUUUAAACAUACCGCUACAAUCAAUGCCUCGUCUUACACUGUGGGAUCGAUACACAUCCCAAGUUCAAAUAAUCCUUGGCAUUAAAGAAAAGUUGGCACAUUGUGUGAGACAUUUCACGUGUACGGAGGUCUAACGGGACUCGAAAAUAUUUCUUGGAUCAAUUCAAAACCUGCAGGAGGAGCAGAGUGAAAUGGCAACUUUAAUCCGCCUUUUAGCUGGAUGUUAUUGUAUAUUCAUUUUAGAACUCCAACAUCGAUCAUGCUUUGAAGUGAACAAGACCUGGAUGAGGGAAACGCUGACCACUCGUUUCUUUAGCCCUCGCCACCACGCGCAUGACCCAGCGGUCAAGAAUGAGACCAUGAUGUUCAUACAUGAUUAUCUGCAAAGCCAGGGACUGGACACCAGAAUACAUAGCUUCGAUACAGACUUAGCGGGAGUGAAAGGGCAUAAUGUAAUAGGUAUUCUGAAAGGACGUCAGUUUGGUACAGUACACGACUUCCCACUGGCAAUAGGAGCGCAUUACGACACAAUGCGGACCUCACCAGGUGUAAAUGAUAAUGGGUCUGGUGUGACGGCAAUGUUGGAGGCUGCUAAGGUCCUUACGCACACUGGGUGUAGACCGAACUAUACAUUAUUCUUUAUUGCCUCAGAUUUUGAAGAAUGGGAAAGUCAUGGAAAAGACAUCGCAUGCAGCAAAAUCGCUUGUGGAAGCCGGGAGCUGGUAAAAACGUGGUUCCCGAAGUUCUGGAAAGACAAUUACCCUGCAAACACCGCGGCAGACAAUCUCCCGCCUUUCCAAGGGAUAAUAAUACUGGAUGUCGUUAUGAACGUUGAUCUGACGGAGAAGUCGCAGAAUGUACCCACAGAAUUUGAACAGGCGUUUCCUGACGUCAUGAAAAAUAUUAUUUCUCGGGAUGGACGCGGAGACUUUCUGGCCGUUAUUGGCCGCCCUGAAGAACGAGAUAUGCUGGAUCACCUUCAGACAGAGUGGAAUAACGUGGCUGGAAACCCCCAGUAUCACAUUGAACGUUUCAAUCUUCCACCAAUCGACAAAACUCCACUCACAGAGAAAGAUGUAUGGUCGCACUACAAAAAUUUUGGGCGCAGUGACCAUAUUAGUUUUUGGCUAAGUAAUCUCCCAGCAGUUUUGAUAACAGACACGGCUAAUUUCCGCGGCGCAAUGAAGAGUUGCUACCACACCACGUGUGACGGCAUCGCUCUUGUUACAGACGACAAUCUGGAAUUCCUAGCACAGACCACAAAAACGAUUAUCAACACUAUGGGGAAAAUGUCUGGAAUUUCUUGCCUGCUUUCAAGUACAUCGUUAAAUUUUACAUUUGCCAAUAUAGGCGUGGACUGGACCAUUUCGGGAUUCGCACCCGCUCUUGUAGCGUUGACAACAUCGAUAUCAAUUGGACCCUUAUUACUAUAAGAACAAACCGUCGUUACGAGUAACCAUAUCCUGCAGUGGUUGAUUCAGCCGUUGUAGAGGCAAGUGGAGUAAAGGUUGACCCAGUCACUGCAGACAGGCGGUGCGCAGUGGUUGGCUCAGCGGUUGGAGAAACUGGUUGAGCAGUGGUUGGUGCGGUAGUUGUAGAGGUAUGUUCAGCAGUGAUCAUGCAGUGUAGCCGCUCUAGAACCGGGAUGAGCUGUGGUUGGCUAGGCAAUUGCAGAUGCGUAUUAAGGGGCGGUUGGUGUGGGUUGAGCAGUGCUUGUAUCAUCAGAUGUAAUACCGAGUUGUACGGUGGUUGAAUCAGCCGUUGUAGAAUCGGGUUGAGCACUGGUUGAUUCAUCAGUUGUAAGAGCAGGUUCAACAGUGGUCGGUUCAGCCGCUGAAGAUGUGGUAGUCGGUUCAGUCUUUGUUGUGGCGGAUUGUGUGGUGGUUGGCUCCGUCGUUGAAGUAGCGGGUUGCGUGGUAGUUGGUUCAGUCGUUGUUGUGGCGGGUUGCGUGGUGGUUGGUUCAGUCGUUGUUGUGGCGGGUUGCGUGGUGGUUGGUUCAGUCGUUGU